ACUGAAUUGAAAGUAAGAUGUGGGACAUGGAAAUUCGAGUGGGGUGCGUUCACGACCAUCGGACUGGAUCAGAAUAUUUGAAGGGUAUAAGUGCAGAAGUCCCUGAUGCACGGUCUUCACAACCACUUUUCAUAUAAUGUACCCCACUGUUACUCCAGAAGCGCGCAGGCGACCCGUAUGUCAUGAACGACUCCCCCAUCUUGCCGGCAUUGGCCUUGCGAGAGAUUCGCCUCGAUCCUCACAGCAGUCGACUGCUAGCUCAACCUGGCAGCCCACUGAUGAGACGAUGUCAGUUUUCUCAUCUCAGCACACCAAGGCCAGGGAGGAAGUUGCUGCUGCCGAAAUCAGCCGUACCUUCAGCGCAUUGGAAGACGGAAGAACUCCACCUAAGCGAAGGCGCUCCGUCAUGGACAAGCUAGUCCCUUUCAGUCGACGUCCGCAAGAAGCGCUUGAUGAAGAGAUUUUCAGUGAUAUGAAGACCUCUAAUCCGGCGAGCCGGAAAACGAGGGGGUCCUCGAUCAGCGGGGAUACCAGCACUGAAGCCAAGCAACCCAAGCGGCCUUUGGGAGGGGGAGGUCCAAACAGCUUCUAUCAGGGAGCCAAGCUUCGUGCCAGCGUGAUCAAGAGCAAGCGGCCUUCCGCGAUAACAAAACACGUUCAAGAUAUUGAUAAGCGUCGUGCUUUCAUGCUCAAGCUGGCCAAGUGCUUGCUCGCUUUUGGUGCUCCAUCCCAUCGGAUCGAGUCGCAGUUGGCUACUGCUUCCCAGAUCCUUGAUGCGAGAGCUUCAUUCGUCCAUAUACCGAAUAUCAUCAUCGUUACAUUUGGUGAUGAAGACAUGACAUCCGUGGAGACUCAUUUCGUGAAAGCGAAUGGACGAAUUGCGCUUACGGCGUUGCAAGGAGUCCAUAUCGUCUAUCGCAAGGUUCUUCAUGACAAGAUGACCGUCGAAGAAGGCACCAGGCGAUUGGCUUCCAUACUCUCCGCUCCCCCGAUAUAUUCGUUAUUGGUACGCUGCUUUUUAGCCUUCGUAUGCGGUUCUACUAUAUGCGUCCUUGCAUUCGGGGGAUCGGUCAUUGAUAUGGGGAUCAGCGGAGUGUGUGCCUUCGUCUUGCAAUAUCUAGGCCUUAGCACCGCGACAAAGAGCGCGACGUACGCAAAUGUCUACGAGAUAUCAAUCGCCAUCAUCGUGUCUUUCGUGGCUCGAGCACUCGGCACCAUACCAGGCAGGUUGUUCUGCUACAACGCCAUAGCAUCUGCUGGGGUGGUGUUAAUCCUCCCAGGAUUUACUAUCCUCAUCAGUGCACUAGAGCUCACUUCUAGAAAUGUUCUAUGUGGAUCCGUAAGAAUGGUCUAUGCGAUCAUUUACACUUUGUUCCUGGGGUUCGGCCUGACGAUAGGCUCCGAUCUUUAUCUUGUACUCAACAAACAUGCCCGACAUAAUUUAGAUAAGACCGAAGCAGAGAGAUAUACAAUAUAUCACGGGACUUUUCACGCACAGAACGGCACGUCUCCCGUCCCAGGAGGUGCCAUCUUCGGUUUUGCUCAAACCAAUGACCCUCAUAUCGUUAAUGGGUGUUACAGGGAGCCCAGUUGGCCAUGGUGGAGAAAGGAACUUCCCUGGUGGACGCUCUUCUUCCUCGUCCCAGCGUAUUCUCUUUGUUCGUCGUUGUCUAACUUGCAGAAAUUGCGCAGCUGGCAGCUUCUGGUUAUGGUCCUAUUUGCGUGCUGUGCUUUCGUCGCGAAUCGACUCUCAAAUAACUAUCUUCCUGGCAAAAGCGACAUCAUUUCAGCUUGUGGGGCUUUGGUCAUUGGGAUCUUGGGCAACGUGUACUCGCGAGUCAUGCGUGGAACCGCUUUUACGGCCAUGGUCACCGGUGUCUUGUUCCUUGUCCCUUCUGGUAUCGGUCAAGGUGGUGGCCUGCUCUCCUCUGAUGAGACAUCGUCUACUCAGCAAUACUCAGCUGGACUUCAGCUUGCCAUACGGAUAAUAGAAGUGGCGAUUGGAAUAACAGUUGGUCUAUUUGUGAGUCAGAUCUUCGUAUAUGCCCUGGGAAGAAGAAAGAACGCUGCACACUUUGCUUUCUGA